UUAUUCUUUUCUCGAAAAAAAGAAGAGAAGAAAUAUUUCACAAAUUCAUUAUACAUAAUACAUUCGAAUUUCAAUGGAGGGGGGGAAAAAAACCCCGAAUCAGUGUGUGGAAUUCUACGAUUCUAUUAUAAUACGAAGAAUACAAAGUGAUUUUUCUUGGAAAGGAAAUCGAUUCGAUUUGAAAACGAAAUGAGCACGAAGUUAAGAAUGGGAUCAGACGGUGCGUUAAUUGCAGUGCAACGUAAUCGUGUGCGUUAAUCAGUGAUCGGCAGGUUGCGUAGGGCAAGAGGUAUGUUAGCAGCACUUACGAACAGUCGCUCCAAGGCGCCCCAUGAAGGUGCCCCCUUGGCGUUCCCAUCUUAUCACAUAACAAAUACAUACGGCGCUAUCAUAUUCUCGAGUGCUCUGGGACAAACGAGUACGAGAAUGCCCUACGGAAAGUUGCACGUUCUUCCAUUGAGCCUCUUUAUCCUGAUCCCGGUGACGUUUCUAAUUACGUACACUAUAUCGGUGCAGUGGGACCACGUGGUGCCAGGAUUCCCGUACAUAUCGGAAACAGGCACAUUGUCACCGGAAUCGUGUAUAUUUGCCCAAUUCCUUAAUAUAGCCGCGUUGCUCCUCGCCUGUUGCGUGUACAUCAGACAUCGACAAGUUUCCCAAUGGCAAUUGGAAAGGGGGAACGAUCUGGUUAGCAAGAGGAUCGUUGUUGUGACGGCGUGGUGCGGUAUUCUGGCCUGCUUUGGUCUCGAUAUUCUGGCCAACUUUCAAGAAGCCCGUGUCGUAGGGGCUCAUAUGAUCGGGGCAAUGACAUGCUUCACGGCUGGAACUAUCUAUUUUUGCCUUCAGACGUAUCUGAGUUACAAAAUGGUACCGGCUGUGAACGGAAAGAUCGUGGUUUUCAUUCGCGCAGGACUCUCAGUUUUAACGUUAAUUUUGACCAUCACCACCAUCAUACCUGGCUACAUAUCAAUGCUAGAAUUUCAAGGUAACGAUUACAAGAAAUGGCUGCCAACGGACGGUGGUUGGGGUUGGCACGUCGCUAGUGCGAUUUCCGAGUGGGUUCUGGCCAUUGUUUAUUGUUGCUUCCUCCUCACAUUCGUGCCAGAAUUUCGAUUGAUCAACUUCGAGGAUCCAGUGGUUACGCUGAUAUAUCUAGACAAGGACCAAGACUUGAAAUUGUCGCACAAGCUGAGCUCACAAGUUCAAGAGUCUUGAGAUCCCUCGGAUAUAUAAAGUCUAAAGAUUAAGUAUUUAAAUUAUAUUUCUUCUGAAAAGUAUGCAUCAUAAUGAUUAUUCCAAGUAAUAAUAUUUUUAAAUGUAAUAAUAACUUCGUCGGAUAUCACGUUUUCGAGUCACUUAAAAGUUAUUCAGUGAACAGUACGCGUACCUUUCUACGUUUAUCUUUUAGUUUUACUUAAUUAUCUGCCGAUUAUUACUCCAGUUAAACCGUGUUACGUUCUUUGUUGUAAAAAAAAAACAAAAUUUUUUUAUUUCUAUUAAAAAUAAUUUGUUAAUAGAUUUUGUUAAUAUCAAGUUUCAAUUUAAGAUAAUGUAAAUCAAUUGAUUUUACCAAAAAUUGAAAAGAUAAAGAAAAAGAUAAUCAACAAUAAGAUAAUAUUUCGUCUAGAUAUUUCUUUACUCGAAAAUUAUCUUGGUUUAAUACCUUCGUUACCAUGCAUAAUGUCGAUGUUUCGUCCUUUCUUUUUUUUUUUUGCGAUCGAUGAAACCUAAAGCGUAUAAUAAUAAUACCCGAUUGAUCGACGUACGAGUGUCAUUUCUGCAAAAAAAAAAGAGUCACGCGAACAAACUUUGAAAUAAGUUAAUAAUUAAAUACGAGAAAUAACAUGUAACACCUAUUAAAGUGAAACUUGACUCAAAGUGCAUGGUACAGUGUCGAGAAUCGUGAUUUAUCUUCCUUAGCGCUCGAUCGAAGCUGCUUUGAAAAAUGCAGAAGCGUUGCACAAAUCUUAAGAAGCCCUUGGAUUAACGAGACGACUAAUAAUACGUAUUUUGUAUCGAUCUGUUAGAUUUAAUUUUCUUUUGAACGUGCAAUCAUCGAUAUUGGAUGCUGAAUUAAUAAAAUACUAUUAUUACUUGCGUCAACGACAAAGAAAACAUUUUAAAAAGCGAGAUAGAUUUGUCUCAAAAUAAAUAAAUAAAAUUUCGCAAUUUUAACCGAAAUUUAUUACAUUAACGUGAACAAAUUCGAAUGAACGAUUCAGAGAUUUGAUUAGCAACUCCUUCACGAAAUAUUAAGCUAAAUCUGCAACUACGUAUAUUUAUUUGUCUGGUCUGGAAUCCUUUUCUCUGAAGUAUGCAAAGAUAUCGAGUUGCACUCCUGACGUUGUCGAUAUUUAUCAAUCGAUAGUUUUUCUAACCGAAUUUAAAAAUCUUCUUAACCAAACUAACGUAAUGAAACUAACGUAUCAAACCUAUUCAUCGUGUUCUAGUUCGUAUUCCAUGGAGGGGACAAAAAUGUUAGUAGCUAAAAACUAACUCAAAAGUAACUCAACUAAAAUUCGUUAAAAAAAAAAAAAAACAGCUUUCUCUAAACCAACAAUUUAAUAUCAAGGGAGAAAACGAGGCGUAUCACUGUAAUAAGUACGAUUUAAUUUGAACACUGUAUUUCCGGUAUUUGGAAGUUGGAGUUGAAGGAAAAUUAAGAGAAACCGAAAAGGAAGAAGCGUAAACAUGCGAUAGAAGAAAAAAAUUCAUCGUGCAGGGUCGUAAAGCGGAACACCGAUUAUCUGAGCAAGGUGCGGUAAUCCGGUAUCGAUAACUGUGUACACGUAUAUACGUAUAUUAUCGAAACACGUUCGCGGCAUAAAUAUCGGCAUAAACGUUCCUUGGAGAACGUCUGGCAGGAACGACGUCCGCGUCAGUCUCGUGGCGCAGCUGCUGAGAGCGCCGUUGGCACAACAUCGAUCGCGCACAGUCGGCCAUAACCUCUGUAACUCGGUACGUUGUUCACCCUGGCCUCGCGGACCGAAGCACGAAAAUUGCGCAGGAACAAACAAAAUCGCGAUGGAACGAAGCUAGGUGGGAUUUCGUGGAUUUCGUUGCUCGAAAAUAUCAUCGAGAGGAGAGGAAAUUGCAAACGGUGCGGUUCGGCGUUGUCCACGAUAAGAAGACCUUCAAUCGUUGUGCAGCACCCUUUCCAAACGGUGUCCAGUUUCGGUGGAACGCGUCGACGGCUCGACCUCGUCGACGACGAUUCGUCGAGCGUUGACGAGA